AUGAAAUCGGUAGCACUAUUUUUGUGUAUUAUUAUCCUGACAACUUCAUGCGUCAAAGCUGGCCCAACAGCCUAUGGAAUUUGUCAAGCCGGAUGUGCAGCCGUUGUAGUUGCCUGCUACGCGGCGGCUGGUGCUGUUUUUGGUACUGUUACUGCCGGAGCUGGUGCGCCAGCAGCCAUUAUUGCAUGCAAUCUUGCCUUCGGCAAAUGUUCAGCAGCGUGUGCUGUAGCAUUUUUCAUGCCAACACCAUAA